AUGAUUGCGUCGUAUUACUCAAAAUUAAAGUUUUCUAUUAUAACUAAAGAAGGCCCUUCAAAAAGUUUGAGUUACAAUGUAGGACUAUUCCAAGGGUGCUGUUUAUCUCCAAUAGUAUUUAAUAUUGUAAUCAAUAUCCUAGUAGAUAAACUUAUCAGCAAUGAGAAAAAAUGGGGGUAUCGGUUUAAGUUCAAUAACAAAUACACGGAAUCCAUUUUAGCCUUCGCUGACGAUCUCGCAAUACUGACACGUCACCCCAAACACUGUCAAGUACUAUUGGAUGAAGUGGAUAAAUUCUGUGAGUGGACGGAUGGAUUGAGGACAAAACCAAGUAAAUGUCACUGUCUGUGUCUUGGUAGGCGGAAUACAAGAUACACCUCAUACGAUCCGGGACUAUCGAUAGGCGGUCAAUGCGUUUCUACGGUUACGGAAAAUGCACCAUUCAAGUUUCUCGGUCGUAAGAUUGAUAAUAUAGGUCGUACUCCAUCUUUAGAAGGAAUAGUAGAUAGCUUUUUAAAUGAUCUCAACAAGGUAGAUAGCCAGCAGAUCAGUAACGUAAAAAAAGCAUGGAUCUACGAUAAUUACUUAACUUCACGUUUGAAUUGGCCUUUCCUCGUCUAUGAUUUUAGUAAAACCCUUUUAUCUAAAUUAGAUGCAGGCGUCAUAAAGAUGUUGAAGUUGUGGCUCGGGCUCGCGCUAACGGCUGACUCAUCGGCUUUAUUCAGGGAUCGUAAUAGUUUUGGGAUGAAUCUAAAAAGACAAUCGGAGCUCUACAAACACCUAAGAGUUUCCAAGAGACAUAUCCUGGGAAAAUCCCAUGAUGACGUCGUUACAUCACUCCCAAAAGACAAUGAUGCCCCAGAGCUAGAGUCACGACUUCAAUUCCAUAAACAAUUUAUGAUCGGAGCGCAAAAUAACAGAGUAGGGUUAGGAUCAAGUAGGAAAGUCCAAGAUACGGAUAUAUUGAAGUCUUUUAUUCGGCAAGACGAGAACGAUAAAUACAAGAUCCAUGCAAUGAGUUUAGAAAUGCAGAACGAUUGGUUAGACAUGGGAGAUUUUUGCAUUCCACUAGCACUAAAAUGGCGCACCCUAAUUCAUGACUGGUCGCCAGCCUUGCUAAAAUUUUAUCUCAAUGCGUUCCAGAUGACUCUCCCAGAUCAGAGUAAUUUAGUAAGAUGGGGUAAAGGUACCGAAAAAACUUGCUAUAUCUGCGGAAAGGCAGUUGGAACUGCCAAGCAUUUGCUGGUGGGAUGUAAGGUUCUCCUGGACAGCGGUCAAUACUCGCGUCGUCACGAUAGGGUUUUAGAGAUCAUACGUGAAGCGGUUAGUCUUUCGGUAGCCAGAGCGCAAAGGGAAAUAACCACAAACGAGCGAUCAAUAGGUUUUGUGAGAGAGGGCACCAGGGCUAUAAAAUCAAACGUCAAGCCUUACUCUAUCCUUAAAGCGGCUUCGGAUUGGACUAUCAUGAUGGAUACGUAUGAGAAACAAUACAAAAUCCCCGAGGAUAUUUGUGCGUCGGCCUCCAGACCAGACAUAUUUCUAUAUUCGCGUAUUUUAAAGCGCGUUGUGAUGAUAGAGCUUACGGUGCCUUGGGAAACCAACAUCCCCAAAGACCAUGCCAUCAAGGUCAAUAAGUAUUACGAGCUCACUAACGAACUAACUCGAAAUAGGUUCGUCGUUGAUUUGUACGCGGUAGAGGUGGGAGCGAGAGGUAUAACAGCUAAAUCUCUCUAUAACCUACUAAAAGACUUGGGCCUGUCCAGAACUAACAUUAAUUCAUUCUUAGAACGUACGUCGAAGGCAGCCCUAGUAGGUUCUUUUCAAAUUUGGUUAGGUAGGGAGAGGAACUUGGACAGUGGAGGUGAGCGUAUAACGCGCGUUAGUUAA